AUGGCACCAAAUAUCGCUAACUUGACGGGAAUCAGAACAAUUAGAGUGCUUCGCGCCUUGAGGACCAUCUCUGCCUUGAAAGGUAAAUGUAAGUGUGUAGCUCAAGUCACGUACAUAGAAGCAAGACGUAGUUAAAACUCCAAUGUGGCAUACAAAACACGUAGUGACAUUAUUUACUUAUAACUAAUGGGAUAUCCUUUUUACCUCAUUUGCUUUAAGGUCUCCGUGCAGUGGUGAAUACAUUAUUGUCUUCUCUGAAGCUGUUGAGUGAUGUCCUGAUUUUGUUUAUAUUCUUUCUCGGUGUCAUGGCGCUUAUUGGACUCCAGCUGUUUUCUGGACAACUGAGAAACAAAUGUGUUCUUAACAUUCAGUAUGCUAAUAGUACAGAGAACAAACAAGAGCGAGCUCUAAACGAAAGUAAGACAAGCAUCUGAAUUAAAUUAGGAUACAUGUGCAUAAGGCUACACUGAAGAGUGUUAUCAUCACCAUCAAUGCUAUCAUAACCAUUACUCGUAUUGAAUGAGGCUGAGUAUGAUAUGAAGAAUUAUUCAGAUCGAGGAGAAUUUUAUCCACGGGGGCCGAAGACAGAGGCGGACCAAAUCCUCCAAGAUCAACAUACCUCUUCACAGCAUACGAAAGCUGGAUUCUAUGACUGUUAUUAUUAUUCAUUCAAAAUAUAAUUCAUCAUAACCAGCAGUUGUUGACCAAAUUUGGAAGAAGUUUUCGAUAUCUGGAAAAUAACGUCAAUUCUACAGCAUAUAUUGGCAGAAAACUGAACAGUUAACCGAGAAGACCUGGCCACGAGGUUGAGUUGUUUUGGUAGUGAGUACAAAAUGGCGUAACUUUUCACUCGUUUCGAGAGCAAGAAACAGGCGAAUUAUUGGCUAAAAACAUAGCCAUGAUAACAGCAAGAAUAUAGCUCGACGGACGACAUCUGCUAUUUGGAGAAUAUUUCCAGAAUUGAACAACCCUUUAUCUCCUAAACUUGCCAAUAAACAUGCAAUCGAAGACGAACUUGGCGAUGGCGAGAAAUAGACUUUAAAAAUUGUAACGCCGCUACCAUGUUAGAGUUUGAACAAUUUGUUCGCAUUUCGCGGGCUUGAAGUUCAUUUUUGGCGCCGCUUUAACUCGUGUCCAGUGUCUUCCGAGAAUAGAGCCUAGUCCUUUUUUCAGAAAAAUAUACUUUUGUGCCUCCCGUUUUUACACUAGACGACUUUAACGUCUCUAGCAUAAAAACGGCCAUUUUGAAUGAAUAAUAAUCACCUGUACUGUCGUCAUCAUCGUUAUAUGAUAGACUAUUAGUGCAGAUAGUAAGCUCUGCCUCAAAGUUUAAAUGGCUAUUUCUGACACAAUCUCUAUAAAUGUCAUCAACACUAAGUAUGUUAAUCAUAAUCUGAUAUCAUAUUUUCACGUCAUGCCUCUCCCAGUGCUCAUUAAUAUGCUCAUCAUGUUUUUUUCGUCAUCACCGAUGUCAUCUUUAAUUUUGCAAAGUAAGGAUUUAUCUUAAGGCAAAGGUUUUAUAAUUCAUAUAGGCAAGUCUCUCUCAUCAUACAAAAAAAUAACUUUUUUUAACGUUGUGUUGAACGGAACCUGGGACCUCUGAGUAGCAAGAAUAACGACAUUAUGGGUAUUUUUACUUUCAGGGUUUUGGUUUCUUAAUGACGGCGAUCCUUUGAUUUGUGGGAACAGUUCAAGUGCAGGGUACAUUUUGUAACAUAUGCAUAAUCAUAUAAUCAAUAAAUUUAUUAGCUUAUUUAUUAAAUGACUAAAAUGCUUCUCUUUUCCUUGCCUAGUCGGGAUCCUAUCUGCAAUGUAUCAACACUAGCUUUUGUUACGCUGUACCUUCAACAGAACACCGCGUUAGUCAUUUCCGUAGAAAAUCCAUUGUACUGUAUAUACAGUGCAAACAAUUAGCUUAUCAAGGCUACAGAUAUUAUCAAUUGAUUUUGUGCUCUAUUCGUUUUCCCUGAUUAAGAUCUUGUCCAUCCAAUAGCCUAAUAGCUUAUUUAUUAAAUGACUAAAAUGCUUCUCUUUUCCUUGCCUAGUCGGGAUCCUAUCUACAAUGUAUCCACACUAGCUUUUGUUACGCUGUACCUUCAACAGAACACCGCGUUAGUCAUUUCCGUAGAAAAUCCAUUGUACUGUAUAUACAGUGCAAACAAUUAGCUUAUCAAGGCUACAGAUAUUAUCAAUUGAUUUUGUGUUCUAUUCGUUUUCCCUGAUUAAGAUCUUGUCCAUCCAAUUACACAUGCAUGCCUAACGCUGGUCCAAACCCAAAUCAUGGUUACACGACAUUUGACAACAUGGGUUGGUCUCUUAUUAUGGCUCUGCAAAUACUAACAAUGGAUUUCUGGCAAAACGUUUACAACAAGGUAAGUAUAUCAAUUGAGAUCUUCUCUGGGUAUAAGAAGGAAACUGAAGGAAACAUAAACAUGUGCCAUAAGCCAGAAUUCGUCAGUCCUACUUCAGGCAGUAAGCCGUGGAAAAGUGGUGAAAAAUAUUUAAGUGACUAUCGUGAUACAAACUAUAAACUGUCGUGGUGUAACCAGCAAAUCUGAACACUUAUCAUUCCUAUUAGAUUAACAGAUCCUCUGGAGCGCAGUACGCGCCAUAUUUUGUCAUUGGAAUAUUCUUCUGCGCCUUUUACCUGAUGAACCUUGUAUUGGCGAUGGUGUACUUAUCAUAUGAACAGGAAUUAUCUUCAGACGGAAAGGAGGUACUUUUAGAUAUCCGCAAAUUCAAUCAACAUAGGUAGGCCAACUCAAAGACUGAACCAACCAGUGUAUCAGUUGUUUUUUGUUUUUCACGGUGCAAUUCCUCGAGACGAAACGUUCCCCUCGUCCCUAACAAGUUUGACAAUUGUUGAUGAGUUAAACCAAAUUUCGUUACCUUUCCCUCCAAAUGUUGAUUCACAACCAACUAAGACAGCGAAAGCAAGGAGCAAACACUCAGAUGAAGGGCCUGUGUUAAAAAAUACUCUCUUCUCUCUUCCUUAUCAGUUAGUCCUGUCUUGCUCUGAACAAUUCAUUUCCACUCUAGCUGCUUUGUGCAGUAUAUUAUACAUGUACAUCCCCAUUAAUUUGUCCCCAAAGGUGGUGCAGCGGCAGUGAUGAUUGACCAGAUUGAUUAUCCUCUACUUGCCUGGUUUUAUGACACGAGAUUGAAAACCGUUCUAUUUAUUUGGCAGAAUAGAUGCGGAACUAUCUUACAUUGUGUUGUUUUGUGUGCAUGAUUUAUUAGGGUGAAAAGAUGGAUCAGCGACGGACUGGUUGUUCAUAUCAAGCACAUGAGGGAAUGUUGAAACGUCUUACUCUAUUAGGUAGCAACCAAACGCCUCCAUCAGAAGAUGAAGCCAAAGAUGUGGAUUCUAACGCAGCAAAGCUCCGUGAAUCAUUUCGCCAAUUCUUAACAGCCAGGGUAUUAACACAAAGGUCUGAGACAAACAAAGUAACGAGCAAGGUUCUGUCUCGUAUAAAAUCCUGCUGGAAAAUGGUACGAAAGUGCAUGCAGCAAAUCACCUCCCAUCCUGCAUUCGAUUUGGUGCUUCUACUGCUAAUAGUUUUGAACACAGUUGUUCUGGCAAUGUACUACCAUGGUAUUCCUGCCGAGUUUUGGCGCGUCUUGGAUAUUUUGAAUUGGGUGAGUAAAAGUUAGUGAUCGUUUACAUGAAUCUGGGAUAGCAAAUCUAACUGUUGAUUUAUUAGACAGCUCCAGUUGUAGGUAAGUGUGGACCAUCUGUGAUCAUUUUGACAAUGUUAAUCUAAUACCGUAGUAGCCUGUAUAAGAACCUCCCUUGGAGCCGAACGAUCGCUAGUAAUAUUGCUUUCGGUUUUAGUCAACAGAACAUAAGUACUAUACUGUAAGAUGAUCUGUUUUGCACGCUAUAUUUAUGAAUGAAUAAGUAAAUCACUGAGAUUCGAAAAUAUGACAUCAAUGCCUUGUUUCUUUGCUAAAUAGGUGUUCACUGGGUUGUUUACUACUGAGAUCCUGAUUCGUGUGGUCGCUAUGGGACCGACAGCAUUUGUCCGCGUUCGAUGGUACUUGUUUGACGCAGCUGUUGUGGCAGCCAGCUUAAUGGGAUACUUAAUACAUGCUGAUGGACUCAGUGUAUUUAGAGCCCUUAGAAUGGUAAGCAAUACAGGAAUCAUUUCAUUCCGAGGAGAAAGAAAGAAGUUAUUGAGGUCACAAUUGAGAAAGAACUACGUUGACAACUUUGAACUUUGAAAAUGUCAAGAUUUUGAUGACUCUCUUUUAUGAUAGCUAACUUGUUCGGAAAGGAAACCAAGGAAAUGUUCGCAAUUAAAGUUAAAAGAUCGCAAGAAAUUCAUAAUUCUUAGACAAAUUUCGUACCGUCAUGUUUGUAACUGAAGUUUAAGGUGGCUCGACCCAGUGUCUUAAUAAGCACAUCCUCCACCUCACUCAUUCCACCUUAAGUGGGUAAAUUACCAUUUUUUGGUGUCCAUGGCAAGUUUUGAGGCCUCAAAUUGUUUUCCAAUAAUCAUUUCGCUGAGAAAUACUUAAAAUAUGCCCAAAUAAAUAGCGACAGUAUCCCUUUGUACUCCUGUAGACAGUAACUUUGAGGGAAUCAAGGCCAAAAGUGUCCAAAAAAUGCAAUUUUGCUAUGUUCGCAGAGAGAGUGGGUAUAGAAGGUUACGGUAUAUUUGUGCUUUUCGCCUUAUACUAUGGAAACUAAUCAACCCAAUGUCUCGGGAGGGACCUAAACUAAAGUCCUACAGGAUCAUUUCUCACUGCAGGUCAGUUUUGUUGCUUUUAACUACAGUGAACUGGUGUCCGCUAUUUUUAUGAAACUUCCGUUACCGAUCUGAGGGCAGAUCACAAAUGGCCUAGAAAUAACUAUUGCGAAUGAUUUACAUCGGGUAAAUAUUACUUAAGUUUGCUCUUUUUGAUAGGCAAUACAUAAAAUGAAGAGCAAAAGCCUGGGGAAAGAAAUUGCAUCUCACAAUAGCAAGAUUUAGGGUGAACAGUUAAGGUUGUAACUUCCGUUACUAAAAUUACAGUAGGAAAAAAUGAAAAGUGGGUCUGGCUGAUUUUUGUGGUGACGGAGGAGCUAGUGAGGAUUAUUAUGGAGUAUGUUUGGUUUUUCCGAGUUAUUAAUUUCACUUGAAGAUGUAACAGAAAAUGUAGAAUUUUAACUUCCGUUACCAAGAAUAUGUCCGGUCUCUAAAACAUGGGAUAAACGUCAGGUAAAUUUCUGGAAAUGCUGUCACACGAUUGCCCCAUCAAACAACUCAAGCCUUGAUGACAUCUGGUGAAGAUUUCGUCAUAAGUACACCCUCAUACGUGUUCCAUUGGUGAGAUACCUCUCUGUCAUGUGUGAUAAGGGAAUUUUAGCUGAGUUUAUGGUUCGCGGAGUUUUUUUGCAUAGUUUAAAGAAGUUUAUUUUCCUUUGAAGUAUUUCUGGGCAAACUAGGAAUAUAAGAUGAAAAUGGGACAGGCUUCUUGAUCAUUUUAAUUUUUUUUUAAAGUAACGGAGGUUACACAAAACAGGAAGUGGAUUAUCUGAAGCUGUUUUCGCUAGUUCAACCCUCUUUUCCGUAAAUGAACUUUACAAUAUUCAUGUAUUGCAAUUCUUGUACGAAUUCUAACAUAUUACCAUGUCAAUUCAAUUUAUUUUGCUCAUUUUGUUGUCUUUAGCCUCUUUCCACCCAAAAAUUCCAAAAUUUCAUCCAAAAUUGUUUAGCAUUAAUUCAAUUCAAUAGAAUAAGUCAUAUGCAUUGUUACUUAAGAUGGUCUGUAACCCCAAAAGUAAGUAGUUGGAAGAGAAAUGAAAUAUUACCUUCCUUCUGUAACUACCGUUACCGAAGUUUAUUUGACAAUCACUGGUUUUCUACUACAUCACAUGUUCCCAAACUAUAAUAAAGGUAAACAACACUUUCUUUCCUUCACAUUUAGCUAAAUAAUGUUCAGUCUGACAGCUUUCUUAAAGAAAAAACAUUAAAAAAAACACAGCAAUUUUAAAUUCUCAAUAUUUAGUUACGUCAGACUAAAUUAAGUACACCAUGGCAGAACAACUUGACUUUUUCAUUCCUUGAGCCACUGACUUGACUAAAAUGUAAAACUCAGACCUUAGCCUGCCACUGAUUUCAUUUUAGACAUUUUAGAGUACGCUAAAUUAAAAAAAAAACAUAGAUAUAAUGCGACACUGUGCUAUUUCAAGCCAUACAAAAUAUCACACUACAUGCUAUUAGAUAACAGGCUAUAACUUUUUAUAGAUAAAAGAUAUGUUGACCAAAUUUUGGUUUCUCACCCUUCAAUAAUACGUUUUUCGGUUAAACUAACUACUUGUCUGAUUUGUUGACCUUCGAUUUUUCGAAAAUCCUUGGUACAUUUUACCCACUUAACGUGCAAUGAGUGACCUGAAUCUCUUAUACUUAAACAAAUCGUUUUUUAUUGUAAAACCAUUAUAACACAUGGAUUACACUUACACUAAACUUAUCAUGAUAUCAUUUUUUGGGCGAUCGGAAUAUAUGUCAUGUGACAUUGACGUCACCAUGGAUUUUUCUGAAACUUCGCACAGCAGAAGAAAUAGACCUUUUUACCGAUACGGCGGCCAUAUUGAAUUAAUUCGUUUUAAGGAGUAUUAUAGGAUGCCCAGGGGGCAUGAGCACAUUUCGUUUGUAUUUUCGAGCGCUUUUCGGGACAUUUUUUCUUAAAGUUUUCUUAGAAUAAGAUUGUAAUGGGAAAAAAGAUCCUUGUGCCGUGUUUGGAUGUAAUAUUGAUCGCCUUUUUCCUGAGAAAUAUACAGUGGAAGACCAUAUUUCUAAUACUAAACUAGAAAAAGGUCCAUUCAUCCAAAGAAUACGUAGCGUAAAGCAUUUCGAAAGAAAAUGCCGAACUGGGCUGAAAUUCGAUUUAGAGCUCAAAGCAUCGUGACGUCAUUGUCACGUGACGUUUAUUCCAAUUGCCUAAAAAAUAAUAUCAUGAUAACAUUUAGUCUAGCCAUGUAAUCCAUGUGUCAUAAUGGUUUACAAUAAAGAUCGAUUUGUUAGUAUGAGAGAUUCAAAGAUAGAGGUUCGUGUUAGCUUCUGUUUGCUCACAUAAGAUUAACUCUCUCCCAUUUAGGUACGACUCUUGCGUAUGGCGAAAUCCUGGAAGACGAUGAAAAGACUGAUGAAGGCCAUUGCUAGAAGCAUAGAACCUGUGGGAAACAUCACACUUAUUCUAGGUGUAAUUACCUACAUUUUUGCUGUCCUAGGAAUGAAGAUAUUUGGCAAAGAUUAUAAAGCGGAUAAGUUUGGUGAUGAUGGAAUGCCACGCUGGAACUUUAGUGAUAUCUGGCACGCAUUCUUAAUGGUUUUUCGUGUGUUAAGCGGAGAGUGGAUCGAGCCUCUCUGGGACUGUAUGAGGGUCACAAGCGCUGCCAAGGCCAUCCCUUACUUUCUAACAGUUCUCGUCAUUGGAAACUUUCUGGUGAGUAGCAUUUGAGAGUGAGAAAAGGAUUGACUACUUUGCUCAGAAUGAACAAACAGUAUGUUAGGUCAUGUCCAGAUUGAGGAACUAAGACUAUGGCAAAAUAACUGGCUGCCCGGAUCCACUUACUCCUUCCAUAAGUAAUUUUUCAGUCUUCACAUUAUGAAAAAGCUUAUUGAGUACGGCAUAUUGGUUACUAACUUUAUCAAAAAACAAGCGAAGAUAGACUGUAAGGCACAAGGAAUGAUUAUUUCAAACUUAUUGAUUGAUCGAUCACUAUUCUCAUACAGCUUCUAAGUUCUGAUAGUCUUGUUCUUUACCAGGUCCUCAACAUGUUUGUCACUCUAAUGGUGAACGCCUUUGACUUCCGAGACAAAGAUGAUAAUUCAGAUAGCGUAGAUGGUUCAAAGUCUGCCAUAAAAAAGAUAUUUAAAACACGCAGGUCCUGCCUUUUGGAGGAAAAUUAUCGUGGUUCUCUUCGUCCUUGCAAGCUUAAGGUUAUAGAGAGUAAACACCCUGAUGAGCAAAGCAAUGGCAUUUCCUUGGCAAUACACAAAGGUGAUCAUGACUGCAAAGAACAUUGUAAAAGUAUAGAGAUAAUAUAGUUUUUUACCAAGAAAACAUAUUUUUAAUUCGAGUGUACACAUAUUUUUAAUUCGAGUGUACUCCAGUUUUUAGCAUACUUUCUAAAUCACCUUUUUUGUUGUCCAUACAUAAACAAUACCAUGAGUAUGUCACUCUUUGUCUACACACCAUCCAUAUUUUUAAUUUUUUGUUUCCUUUUGUAUAAUUUCCAAUCUACUUCCUUUCUUCGAAUUACGAUAUAUUUUUUAUCAUUAAUUCAAACUAAUCCAAGCCUAGUUUAAGUAGAAGAUUUUGCGGGGGAUUUAUUGUGAAACUCGGAAAACCAUGAACAACGAACGUAUUUCUGGAAUGUGAUUGUGUUGCAAGGAAAAAGCCAAUCAGGUGUGGGAAAACUUAAAGCAGCAUUUAACAAAGGUAGUAGUUUUGUGGCCUGCUUGCGUGCAGCUAGUUUUGUUUGUUGUGAUUGGUCACAAUUCAAUAUCUUUAGUGUUCACGGUUUUCUUUCUUGACAAAACACCAAUCAGAAACGGACAAAUAUUUUGAAUGAAUUUUGUUGUAUAAGGCAGUGGGUUGGUAGUGGGUCUAUGGACAUAUAUGUCCUCGAUGAUAUCGGCUAUCUUUUAUUAUGUUCAAGAUCACCUUUAAUACAUAUUUUAACGUCCAUGAAUUAAUCCGGAAUCUUCCAAACUAAAAAAAGUUGAUUCGUGGCAUUUCUUUUUCAUCCUUUUUUUAAAUCUAUACAGUUGUAAUGAUUCUAGAUUUGCUGUGACAUGAUAUAUUUGACUUGCUUUUUCGAAAUUAGCAUUAUCAUACCUGAACAACAUUGCUAUAGUUUUUAAUUUAAUUUCCCCUUUCCACGCAGCCUUAGACAACGUUAUUGACAUUGAGAGCUCAAACAACACAAUCAGUGAAGGUACGAGUUUUGAGGAUGGCGUUGAUUCUCCUCCCAGUGUCAAAAUGGAAUGUAUAAAAGAAGGGGUUUCUGAAAAUGGUAUGGUAACAUCAGUGCCAGUUCCUUUGUUAGAAAUCAAGGAAUUAUACAUAGAGGACUGCCUCCCUGAGCACUGCGCAUGUGUAGACUGUCAACUGUGGAGGCCUUUAUCGACGGAUGGCAUUUCCUGGCUUAAGUUCCGCGGCCGGGUACGAAUUUUUGUGGAAAAGAAAUACUUUGACUGGUUUAUUCUCUCCAUGGUGUUUUUCAGCAGCUUUAUGCUGGUAGGUUAUUUUAUGCUGUGCAUCUUUUAAGAUCUUUAAAAUGAUUUACUUCAUAGAAGCUAUUUUGGCCUUGUCAUUCUUUUAUGAUUUUAUUAUUUUUUUUUAUGGCAACUAGUGGUCAGGGUGAGAGUUUAUUACCCUGUUCCGCCUGGGACACCCGGAAGUGCAGCGUUCUGGCCACUUAGCCACGCUGAGAUGUUAUUUAAAUGCAAUCUCUUUAAUCGUCAACAGUACAGUAAAUGGAAAAUGCUUACAAGGGUCUUAUUAAAACUCGUAGGUUUUUGAAGACGUUAAUCUGCACAAAAGGCCAAAUCUCCAGAAAACCUUGGAAAUACUCAACUACAUUUUUGCAUGUGUCUUUACGCUCGAGUUCCUACUUAAAGCCAUAGCUUUUGGCCUCACGAAGUACUUCGCCUCUCCUUGGAACUGCUUGGAUGCCUUUAUUGUCUCAGUGAGUAGAACUUGAACUAUUAAGCUCGCUACGAUAUAAACAUUUGUAUAAAGGCUGGAUAAACGCAUCGCUUAUAGUAUGUGUUUUACCUCACAGAUUUCACUCGCCUGUCUAUUUGAGAACAAGCAAUUAUCUGUGUUUCGUUCCCUACGUACAUUACGAGCAUUGAGACCACUCCGGGCCAUCUCACGACUGGAGGGAAUGAAGGUAAUCAAAACUUGCUAGUGAAAUGUCCCAGGGGAACUGAAUUAAGUCAUGUUAAGUCACUGUUUCUUGAAACAAUGACCAUGGUGAUUUAGUUAGCUAGAUAAGAAAGAUCAUCCUAAGGUAAAACAAAAGAAUACAAACUGAUGUGGUCCUCCUGAUCAAGAACAUACCCAAGCCAAGCUAUCAAAGAGUUUGUCCGGUUUCGUUCUUAAAUCGGGUGCAAUAGCUUUUUGAUGAUGGACAUGUUAUUAAACAGACCGCCCGAAAACACAACACGGCGAUUCGCGAUUCACGAUUCCAUUCAGGUUUAAUCCCCAAAGAAAUCGUACCCAGUUCAAUAUAAAGUAAAACGUAGUUUCUUAGAUGACUACUCAAUCUCAUGUGAAGGCAUUAAACACUGUUUGUAUUCUCCUUCUUAAGGUAGUGGUGAAUGCGCUUUUUGCUGCUAUACCAGGUAUUGCAAAUGUUCUGGUGGUUUCCCUUCUCUUCUGGCUCUUCUGGGCGUUCAUUUCUUUGCUGGAAAAUUCUACAAGUGUGUGGAUGAAGACAACGCCCAGUUACCUGCCAGUAUGA